AUGGAUCAAUUCGCACUCAAAGGUAAAACCGCCGUGAUCACUGGCGGAGCGCGCGGUCUCGGCUUCGCCUUCGCCGAAGCGCUUGCGGAGGCCGGCGCCAGCAUCGCUAUUCUGGACAUUGGCGUGCCAAAAGAGGGUUCAUUGGAGGCACUUGCAGAGCGCUACGCUGUGAAGGUGAAGUCAUUUGAGGUGGAUGUUUCAUCUCGGCAGCAAGUAAACGAAGUUGUCGAGACCAUCGAGCGCGAGUUCGGUAGCGUCGAUGUCAACGUUAACGCUGCUGGCGUCGUGACCGACGAGCCUUUCCUGACUACCUCUGAUCAGAAUCUAAGCCGCACUUUCAACGUCAAUGCAAGUCUUCGUCGGGUCCUUUCUUGUAGCCCAAGCCUGUGCCAACGCAAUGGUCCGGAAGUGGGAAAAGCUCGGCAAGCCAAAGCCCAGCGACAUCCCCCCAGUCGGUCCAUAAUCUUCAUCUCGUCGGUUUCAGUGCACGUCAGCACAGUCGUCCAGCAAACAAGCUGCUACAUUGCAUCCAAGUCGGCCAUCCGUGGCCUGGUCAAACCUCUUGCACUUGAGCUAUCUCAGUAUGGAAUCAGGGUCAACGCGCUCUCUCCCGGGUCCACACGCACCGACAUGUUCAAGCAGGUUGAGCAGACUUUCCCCGAUUUGCUGAAGCAGUUUAACCAGGAGUCGAUGUUCGGGCGUGUGGCUGAGCCUAGUGAGCUUAAGCCGGCGAUUAUUUAUCUUGCUACUAGUAGUUGGACGACCGGGCAGGACCUUGUAGUUGAUGGGGGUGUGAGCUCGUUUAAGCAUCGGGCGAACUAUUAG